GCCCCAAACAGCGCUCGAUGACAUACUGCAUCGGGGGCAGGCGGUGGGGCAGGCCUGGGCAGGCGCCGACUGUUUGUGUUUGCAAUUUCGUUUUCAGUAUUGAAAUAUCGAAAACGAAAUUGGGCACAAGAUGCGCCAACAAUUCGGACUCAUUUGUAUGCGAAGUGGGCAACGGCGAUGACGACGGCGACGACGACGACGACGACGGCGACGCCUCCGUAACGAUUGGAUUGGGAAGCCAUCAGAAAUAUUAUGCAAAGAGCGCAGACCGUGCCCCUCUGGGCCGACAGGGGGUUAUACAAACACGAGCGUGGAUCAAAAUUAAAAUCAAAAAUAAAAAAAAUUGGUGCGGACCGUUCAUAUAUAAUGCCGCAAUGACCUGGCACAAUCGAAUCAUUCGAGUGUGAGCCGUCGAGCUGAGAUUUAACAAUGAAAACACAAGUAGCGCUGCUUUUCGUCCUGGCGGCCCAUGUGGCCAUCGCCGUGGCACGCCCGGAGCCGCCGAGGACACGGUAUGGCGCACCACCACCGCCGCCUUCGGCACCACAAAAGGAAUAUGGACCACCGCCGCCGGCACAGCCGUUGCCCGCUUAUGGACCGCCCGCUGAGUUCUAUGGCCCACCCGCUGCGCCCACCGCCGAGGCGAUUGUCACCAAGAAUGUGUACGUGCAUGUGCCGCCAGAGGAGCCGGAACUGUACCCAGCCGCAUCGCCCAUACAGACAGCGGUGCCCAAGAAACACUACAAGAUCAUCUUCAUCAAGGCACCGAAUCCACCGACGCCAGUGCGCCAGGUGCUGCCGCCGCCGGUGCAGGAUGAGCACAAGACAUUGGUCUAUGUGCUAGUCAAGAAACCGGAGGAGCAAUUGCCCGUCAUACUGCCAUCGCCGGCACCCACGGAGCCCAGCAAGCCGGAGGUGUACUUCAUCAAAUACAAACAGCAGCCAAAGCCCGCCACCCAAUAUGGACCACCCGCCGAUGAAUACGGUGCACCGCCAGCUCCACGCACCUUGGAACAGUUCUGAAGAUAGAUAGACUCAUACAAACCAUGUGUAAAUAUUAUUU